AUGGUCCCUGUUCAACACUACUCGCUCUUCUUCACGCUCCUCCCUCCUGAGAUCCGCAACCAGAUCUACGAGUGUUACACAAUCGACUACAUCAAGCAUGCCGCUCUUCGAGUCCACCCUAUGAAGCUUGUCCCUGCCUGGCCGGAUCGUCACGCCUUCGGACCUUCGACACUUUCACAUCAACUGGCACUCUUUUCUCGGGAACUCACAGCUCGCCGACCCCCUCCGGAAACAGUGGACGUCAUUGUCAUUCAUCAGCGCCUGACGGUCUUCGUUGUAGAGCUCCUCGCGUCGUGCAAAAAGGUCUGCCCGUCAGCAGAGAGUGUUGAGUUCAACGGCUGUUUCCCACGCUUAGUCGUGGAACGCGUCAAGAGCUUGGUCGUGGUGAAGGACGAUAUCAUUCUUGGACUGGGCAAGGUGAAGCGGGAGGAGGGCGCUGACUUCUUCGAAUCAUUCGUGGUCAAGAAUUUCUAA